AAAAACCCACAAAACUCCUAGAUUCUUGCAACAAAAAGGCAGAAACUGAUCACCAAACCUGAAUCAUUGCCAAGAUUCUCAUGGCCCUGCGUGCUGCGCGGCCGGUGUUCUGUCAGCUCAGGGCGGAGAAACCGGCGGUGCCGGAAUUUCAGAAGCUGAAGGUGGCGGAGGUGCAGCCGGAUAGCAGCGGGAAGAUUGUACUGCAGCCGAGGGUCUGCACUCUCAGGUCGUAUGGGGGCGAUCGUGGUGGGGUGAUUAAGGCCAGCAACAGUGAAGAUGAAGUGUCGCGUUUCUUUGAGGUUCUGUCGGAUUAUGUGGAGAGCUCCAAGAAAAGUCACGAUUUUGAGAUCAUAUCUGGUCGUCUUGCCAUGAUAGUAUUUGCAGCAACAGUAGGAAUCGAGGUUGUGACUGGGAACUCAGUUUUCAGGAAGAUGGAUUUGCAAGGAAUCGAGGAAGCUGCCGGUGUGUGCUUGGCAGCCAUAACCAGCGCUGCCGUGUUCGCUUUGUUUUCCAGCAACCGUAACAGAGUAGGCCGCAUCUUUACCACCAGCUGCAACACCUUCAUCGAUUCACUCAUCGACAAGAUCGUCGAUGGCUUGUUCUACGAGAUCGACAUUAACGACUGGUCCGAUGAAAUCUGAACCUCUAUUAGAAGUAAUUAAACUAUACAGCCAACGAGCUAUGAAUCAAGCGUCUUAUAUGCUGUCCGAAGAUUAUUAUACUAAUAUUUAUGCCCGUAUGGGAUCUCUUAAACAUUGUAUCUAUCUACUGCUUGUAAAUAGCUAGCUUGUAGUAUUGAUGUCUGCUGUUGCUGUGAGGCGAAAGCGGGUUGGAGAUUGAGAUGGUUAGAUCGAGUUGAUUAUAUAACAAUGAAUAAUCGAAGUCUCUGUAAAUAGUGAGACGGUAGUGGUUUUUUACUUAACCAGUUGCAUUCGGACAAGGUAAUUGUAAUAAAGAUUGCUGAAUUAUAGUGUAAUAUUAUCCUAUUAUUAGUAUUAUCGUUCAGUUAAGGUU